UAUUGUUUGUAUUGCUAUCUAUGUAUACAGUGCGAGCGCGUAAAUACGAUACGGGGCUGUAUUGAUUUUGUGUCUAAAAAAUAUCAAACUGCUGCAUGGUCACCCAUGAAUGAAAGUACAGAAUUAGGAGAGGACUUCAAGUGCAAGCUCCCAAACGUUUCGAUGUCAACUCAAUCAAAAACAAUGCCAAUGAUUGAUUUAAAAGUUUACAUCCGCGUUGUAGCCGCAGUGUUUUCGAUUUCUUCAGCAACAGCAUUAGUGAUGGCAUUGCUCCGGCUAUUGACACCUAAUCUGUUCUAUGUGGAACCUCUAGAUGGCAGCAAUAUUGUGUUGCACUACUUUAUAACCGGUUUAAUGGUGGUCACAAGUGCCAUUGGCCUUCUCAAUAGCUGUGUUGUGAUGAACCGCAGUGCUGCAAAGAACACAGGCCGCAAUAUAACCACUUGGCUCCUGCUGGACUCCCUGUUCGAGACAACCAGGGUUGUGUACGUCUUCAUCUGUGAGGUUGUGAUAAAGGGCCGAGGCUCUUUACAGACAUAUGAGAUGUUGAUAAGCAUCGCGCAAUACUUAUUGGACAGCUUCCUGUAUUGUCAGAUGAUACUCAGGCACUAGUAUAGAGCGUUACUUUUAUUUUAUGUAUCCUAGAUAGUUAUUAGUGUCCAAGUUAUGUACACAAAUGUAAGUAUUGCAGACAUUCCAAAAAGUAGUGAUAAAAUCAUUUAAGUCACACACGUCAGGGGUGUCCAAACAUUUACUGAACGGUGUUAUUAUAUAUGAAAUAUAAUUUUACAUAUAUUAUUAGACUCUAUUAAAUAAUUUU